AUGAGGCUGCAUUUGUUAUUAUUAGUGGUGCUGCUGAUAUCAGUUCUCGUUCGAUGUCAAGUCCUUGUUCCAGGACUUCGAACUCGUCAGGUUCCUGUGCUUGAAAAUGGACAAAUUCGACCUGUUUCUUAUCUGGAAAUGGCCUCAACGGUGACACCAGAGUCUUUGAAGAAUCAGUUUAGUAUGCGAUUCAUGACGCUGGCCAAACCCUUGGUUAGUGGUACUCCGCCACAGGCUAAUCUACCGGGACUUUAA